GACUGGUUUAGUUCCUCUCAAGAUUUUCCUCAACAAUCAGUGGUUGCAAGAGUGGUGAAAUUAUAGUGUAAACAGUAAAUGAUAAAGGAGUAAUAGGAGAUAAGUGUUAAAUUAGCGUUCAUUCAUCAAAAUGAAAAUUAUACUAUUCACUCUCACCCUGCUCUACCUGACCCACUCAAACGAAGCGUUUGUAACGGUCAGAGUCGACCACCUACUGCAGAAAAUCAGUCAGCUGGUCGCUUUCAAGGCAAAGGUGCUGGAGAGCAAAGCGCAACUACUCAAGUCCAUUCACAUCCAGCCAACUGCAUCGGCUGCAGCUGCAAGCAACAGUGCAGCUCAGGCUGCAUCAAGUGCAUACGGAACUGCACCGCAAUAUGCCCAACCUUACUACGGGGGCUACAAGACCUUCAUACAGAACAACUACUACAAUACUGGGGCUGGAGCACUGACAGGAAGCAACGCAGCUUCAGCAGCUCAAGCAGGAAGUGAAUCAGCAGCCAACGCAGGAAGCUUUGCAGGAAGUGAAUCAGCAGCCAAUGCAGGUAGCUUUGCUGGAGCCAAUUCUGCAGCCAACGCUGGUAGCUUUGCAGGAGCUAAUGCAGCUGCAAACGCAGCAGCUUCCACAUAUUCAGCUCCUACAGUUGCACCGGCCAGCUUUGCAGGAGCCAAUUCUGCAGCCAAUGCAGGUAGCUUUGCAGGAGCUAAUUCUGCAGCCAACGCGGGAGCAAAUUCAGGUAGCUUUGCUGGAGCUAAUGCAGCUUCCACAUAUUCAGCACCCGCCCAAGCACCAGCUGCAGCAUUCAGCGGUGCCGCGGCUCAAGCCAAUAGCGGUGCAGCGGUUACAGCACCCAUCACAAACUACGGCCUUCCCAGCAACCAGUAUGUCCAGUACUUGUCAGACAUCCCAAGAGCCGUGGAUGUGAAUGUAGGUGUACCUAUCGGUUUUGUACCAAAUGUGGCUGUGGCUGCACCUGGGGUCAACUUCAACUUAAACUAGUUACAACUUCAACUAGUUUCAACUAAUUACAAGACAAAAUGUAACUAGUACAAGAUGGCAGCUUCAGCUCGUUUCAAUAAACUAGGUAGGGGUCAAUUUCAAAUUAAACUAGAUAAGAUGGCAACUUUACCUUGAACUAGUUACAACUUCAACUAGUUUCAAUUAAUUACAGGAUAUAAUGUAACUAGUACAAGAUGGCAGCUUCAGCUCGUAUCAAUAAACUAGAUAGGGGGCAACUUCAAAUUAAACCACAUAAGAUGGCAACUUUAUCUUGGACUAGUUACAACUUCAACUAGUUUCAACUAAUUACAAGACAAAAUGUAACUAGUACAAGAUGGCAGCUUCAGCUCGUUUCAAUAAACUAGGUAGGGGUCAACUUCAAAUUAAACUAGAUGAGAUGGCAACUUUACCUUGAACUAGUUACAACUUCAACUACUUUCAACAGCAUCUUCAAGUUGAUGUAGUUGCAACGCUAUAUUCAACUUGAGCUAGUUACAAUAAAAACUUCAACUAGAACCUAUAAGAUGGUUCGUACCUAGGGUUAACUUCAACUUAAACUGGAGACGAUGAUAACUUCAAUUUAUACUAGUUACAACUUCAACGGCACCUUCAACUUGAUGUAUUAGAACGCCAAAUUCAAGUUGAGCUAAUUACAAUGGCCACUUCAACUACUUUCAACAACAGAUUCAACUAGUUAAGACUACAACAAGCUGAUGGGACUGUGUCCAUUAGGAGGAAUAUAUAUCUAAUGUGACUUCAGUGAACAGUGUUAAACCGUUAGGACUGUUGAAAACUGAUAUUUGUAUGCACCAAGCAAUAGGAAUCAGCAUGAAGUUACUCAAUGCCUAAUUUGAGAUUAUAAUGAGAUUGGUACAAGAUUUAUACAGAUUUAUUAAUUUUGAAAUCAGAAGUAUUUUAUUCUAUUAGAAAGAUUUGAUUCUAUAAGGAAUAUUAAUGCAAGAUUUUUCUGUAUAUAUCAAGUUUAUUAGUUGAGAUUCCCUUUUCUCAGUUUUUCAAAAUAUAAUUUCAUAAAAGAAAAAAAAUUUUUUUUUUUUUUAAUAUAAUUUUAUAAAAGGAAUAAAAAAUAGUAUUUUAUUGUAAGUAUUGUAACUAUUUUCUGUACAGUUUUCUACUUUCGUAAUAGAGAUUAUUUUAUAGGCU